AUUAAGUGGCUCAGUUCCAUUUCUCUCUCUUGUUGCAUAUAUUCAAUACCCCAUUUGUAUAACACACCUUCAACACUCACCUCUCUCUCUCUAUACCACAUUCAUAAUGGCCGGAGACAAGUUCGAGAAGGGUGACGCCACCAAGGGAGCCUCCAUCUUCAAGACCCGAUGCGCUCAAUGCCACACCCUCGGAAAGGGAGAGCCUAACAAGGUCGGACCCAACCUGCACGGACUUUUCGGACGAAAGACUGGACAAGUCGAUGGUUUCUCUUACACCGCUGCCAACGUUAACAAGGGGAUUGAAUGGGGUAACGAGACUCUCUUCGAGUACCUCGAAAACCCAAAGAAGUACAUCCCUGGAACCAAGAUGGCGUUUGCUGGUCUCAAGAAGGCUAAGGACAGGAACGACCUGAUCGCUCACCUCGAGGAGGCUACAAAAUAGACAGUUUCGAGCUGGAAGAGUCACUCAUUCCGUGUUGAUUUGAAAGUUCUUGAGACACAAUACACACGGUCCUACCAUACAGCAUGCAUCCCCUCUCCACGUAUGUGCAUCCUUGUUCCACUGGCUGUAGGGCCUACACCUCUA